CCUUGUAUUACUUUGUAGUCCAUACAAAAAAAAAAAAAAAACACUGCGUUUACGUUGUAAAUAUAAAACAGGCACAAAUUGCUACGGAAAUGGAACGAGUGAGAAUCGAAGAAGAUAAAAGAGAAGCCAUCGGAGAGCAAGAAAAACGUGACAGAGAACUUGCAUUGCGUAUUGCUCAAGAUGAGGGCCAACAAGUUGUUGAAGAAACACCCAAACCAUUCCAGAAACCGGUCAUAUCCUCCAGUGGAAAGAAAAUUGACUCGACAAAAUGGAAAUAUGCUGAUCUUAGAGAUACCAUUAAUACAUCAACAGACGUUGCACUGUUGGAAGCAUGUCGUGCUGAGUUUCAUCGAAGAUUAAAAGUCUAUCAUAAGUGGAAAAAUACAAAUAAAGCAAGAAAUCAAGGAAAUCAGGAUAAGCAAGAGGAACGAGCACCCACUGAAAUUACUCAACACGCUGCUCAUAUGGUUCAACAGAGACCCCUUCCAAAGAUACCACAAGCUGAAAUGAAAGCUCAGCGUUAUUUCCGUAUUCCGUUCAUUCGACCUGCUGAUCGUGGUUUAGAUGAAACCAUGCGUAAAAAAGGAUGGUGGUUUGCACAUUUCGAUGGACCAUAUAUCGCUCGACAAAUGGAAUUACAUCCUGAUACAGUUCCACUUCUCUUAGUUGCUGGCAAGGAUGACAUUCGGAUUUGUGAAUUAACUCUUGAAGAAACUGGCUUAGCAAGAAAGAAAGGGGCUGAAAUACUACAGCACGAGUUUGAACAAGUAUGGGCUUCAAGUGGAGGAAGAGAGUAUUUGCUUCGUGCUAUAGCAAAUAAACAAGCCAGACCCACAUAUGCCACUGCUAUGAUGCAACAGGCUGCUGGCAGAUAAGAACAGUUGGACAUGUUGUUCAUGCCAUACAAGACAUUGAAAUAUCAGUCAAUUUACAGUUUCUGUGCACUGUACCAUCAUUGUUUCCGUGAACUAGGCACUUUAUGUUUAAAACUGUUUUCGUAUUGUUUUGCAUUUCAUUUUUUGAAAAAAUAAUAUAAAUUGAAUCUUUUCUUGUGAAAAAUUUAUGUGAUGGUGAUUUUGUAACAAUUAUUGGUAAACUGUAUCAAAUAACAUUAUUUUAAUUAUUUGUACUCUUGAAAAUAAAUUUGGAAUGUCAUUACUCAUGAAUAAAUUAAAUUUCCUCGGUAAACUAAUUUUUUUUUAAAUUCUAAUCAUAUGAUACGGGUACACGAUUGUCUAAGACGUACACACCCUCUCGUUAAUGUAAUCCGAACUUCAAUUUCCUGAUGUCUAUAUAACUCACUUCAUUAUUAUCAUAAAACUAUAGUGUAUUAAAUUUAGAGAUGGUUUAGUUUUAUCACCAUAAUAUCUUUGCUCAAUUGAAUGGCAAUUAUGUCAAAAGCAACGUAAUUAUGAUUUUGUAAAACUUUUCUAGUUUCUAUUUUGUUUUGUGAGUAGGAUUACUUUUCCUAUUCAUUGGUAAUAUGAAUUUCUGAUUUAAAAAAUUAAAUUGGAUGCUA